AUGGUCAACAAUUUUGUUUAUAUUUAUUUAGAUUGUGGACAACAGUGUCUGUCAUGUAACGGUAUAUCUAACCCUUUUAUGUGCAGAGAGACAAUAACAUGUCAUCCUGAAGAGGUUUGUUUUAUGCACAAUUACACAACAGAGAACAAUGUCAAUCACUUUGACUUUGGCUGUAAUUAUCCAGAAUUAUGUCCGGGAGGCAGUGGUUUACCUCCUAUCGGUAAAAGAGCAGACGAAGGUCAUCACAUUGUAUGUCAAAGCUGUUGCAACAAUACAAAUAUAUGUAAUAUGGACUUAGUUUGCGACCAUAAUGAUAAUGGAGGUGGGAGUUUAGACAUGUUUCCAACUGAAUGUUCAGAAAUAAAGAACAUAAACGCCAACGGAGUAUUUAUGAUAUACCCAUCUGGUCCAUUCAAACCAAUACCAGUGUACUGUAUAUUAGACAGAAGAGGAAUAUGGACGGUAAUACAAAGACGGAUGAAUGGUGCGGUUGACUUUUAUAGAAACUGGGCAGAUUAUAAGAAAGGAUUUGGAUCAGCUUCUACCGAAUACUGGUUAGGGAAUGACAACAUCCAUUUUAUAUCUCGAUCAAGUGCACACGAUAUGGUGGUUGUGUUAGAAGACUUUGCAGGUGAGACGAGAACAGCAAACUACUCUUAUGUGUCGAUUGGUGACGAAAGACAUUUCUAUCGCUUGUAUGUGUCAGAGUAUACCGGAACUGCAGGUGAUACCUUGUCCUUUGCCAAUGGAAUGCCAUACAGCACAUUUGACCGUGACAACCAAGGACAUAAUUGUCCAUCGAAACACAAUGGAGCAUGGUGGUACAGCACAUGUGGAUAUUCCAACCUGAACGGAGAGUACCUUAAUGGACAUGCAGAAAAUCUAACAGGGAUGUUCUGGUACGCUUGGCAUGGAUUUGAGUACUCAUACAAGGAAACUACUAUGAUGAUCAAGCGAAAAUAA